UGGAGUCGGAGCGCAGCGCCCUGAAGAGGAGAGAGUGGGAGAGGAGGACCCAGGAGGUCCAGCAGGAUGAAGACCUGUUCUCAAGUGGAUUCAAUCUGUUUGGAGAACCUUAUAAAACUAAUAAAGGUGAUGCAUUGGCCAGUCGUGUCCAGAACACUCUGGGCUCCUACGAGGAAAUGAAAGACCUUUUAACCAACCACUCUAACCAGAGCCACUUAGUGGGAAUACCCAAAGGCAGCAACACAACCAACAACCUGCAAACCCCGACCACUUCUACCACAGAGAGGCUGGCUAUGGAAUCCCAGCAGGUGCAGCUUUUCAACGAAUCCCUGAGAGGAGGAACAGGUGGAGGAGGAGCAGGAGGUGUUGGGGACAAGAGGACAGGAAAUGCCUCUUCUUCGACAUCCACCGUCACCUCUAUGCAACCUCCUGUUUCAGCCGCAUCAUCAUCAUCAUCAUCAUUAUCAUCAUCAUCAUCAUCAGGUUCCAUGAUGAUGCCUCAUCAGAAUUCCAAAAAGUCCCGGAGCACUGUAGAAUGGUCGAGAGGAGGCCAUGGACAAAGUGCACAAGGAGCAGGCCUUGUUCUGGGGAUAGGACAAGGGCAGGGCCAGACUGUAGGAAAUUCAAGUGGGAGAGGAAAAAUGACCUCAUUGGAGGAGCAACAAAGGCAUGAAGAGCUCUUUUGCUCACUAAAAGAUGAACUUGGACUAAAGGGAGACUCAAGCCCAUCUUCCUCCUCUUCAUCAUCCUGUUCCUCUUCUUCCUCUUCUGGGAGAAGGCAUUCUUCCCAUCCCUCCAAAGCACUUUCUCUCUCAGAUGGUGGAACCUUUCGAUCUUCCACUUUGGACACUGGUCAGUUCAAGUCUUCCAGUAACCCAGAAAAUGGUGGACACUUCAAAUCCUCUCCAUUUGAAAAUGAGGCCACUUCUCACUUCUCCUCUUCCUCUCCACUGGCUUCCACUUCAGUUCUGACCACACCCACUCCUGGUCUAACCACCCCUACAUCUGGAUUGACCACACCCACUUUCCCACCUGGUAGCUUAUCGGGGAAGCCAGUUGCGGUGCAGCAAAAGCCUACGGCGUACGUUCGACCAAUGGAUGGACAGGACCAGGCUCCCAGCGACUCUCCUCAUCUUAAACCCCCCCUAGUGGCCAUGGAAAGUUUCAGCAAUAGUCAAGUUUAUGGAGGAAACUCUGGGAAUGUGAAGAAUAAACUGCCAAAACUGAGUCUCAACCACACAGCUGAGGUCAGUCUACCAAACGUCUCCAGCUGUGUUGAGGAGAUUUUGCGGGAGAUGACACAUUCCUGGCCUCCUCCUCUCACAGCCAUCCACACUCCUUUGAAGGCUGAUCAGACCAAGUUUCCCAUCCCAAAUCAGGACACACAACAUGUGACCUCAGGCUACAACACCGACAAGCGAUGUUCUCUAUCAGCUAACAAGCCUGCUGCUAAACCACCAAUGGCACCGCAGAAGUCUAUGUUGGAGGAUGAUCUGAAAAUCAGCAGCGAUGAGGAAGAGGCGGAACAACAGGUGUCUGAAAACCCCAAAGCCAGAGGCACAGCUGUGAGUGGUGGUUCAGGGAGCAGCAGCGAAUCAGAGAGUAGCUCAGAGUCGGACACAGAUGAAUCAGAGAGCAGUUCCAGUGACAGCGAAUACAACCAGGCCUCUCGAACCAACACUCCAGAGCCUGAGACCCCCUCCACCAACAAGUGGCAGUUGGACAGCUGGCUGAACAAGGUCCAGGCUCAAACCAAACCUCUGGUUCCUCCACAGCAGGAACAUCAUGACACAGGAACCAUCACCCAGGCUCCAGGGACUCUUUCUCCAGAACAUGAAGCGCAUGGAACCGCAACAGUAACCAAGACUAAACCAUGUGGCCUGAACAGCACAUCUGUUCCAGCUGCACCGAUAAUCGAACAUAAGGAUACGAGGGGAGCCUUUGGUUCAGGCAGAGAAAAGAACAAGGCCAAGCUGAGCCAGAAGUCAACAGCAGAGGGGCAGAGAUUAAAGACGAAGCUGUCGCCAGGACUACUGUCAGGCCCAGAGGUCACAACCCCAAGGCGAAAUACCACAGGGAAGAAACAGCCCAGAAGAACCGAGAGGUCAAAUAGUGUGGAAGAUAAUCAGAACCAGACAUGGAGUAGAGCAAAUCCGCACAGCCCUGCAGCCAGGGAAAAGGACCUGUUGCCUCCCCCCUCUGUGGAGAAUCAGAACUCCUCCAGGCCACGAAGUAAAGCCCCAAGUGGGAAAACAGCCCCCAGGAAAGAACCUCGCAGUACCACCAACUCAAACAGUACGAUCAUUCCUCCAGCAUCACUACAACAAACCCCCGUGCCCAUACCUGCCGUGGGUGUAAACCAGGAUAAGAGGAAACACAGAGGCCCCAAUAGCAGAAUCACCCCCAAAUCACGAGAGUUUAUUGAAACAGAGUCGUCUUCUUCCUCUUCGGAAUGCCAGUCAGAUUCAGAAGAAGCCAUCAAAAUCCAAGCUCUCUCCUCAUUGACAACACGUGCUGCAAUGAGUGACCAGACAUUGUCCAAUACACACAUACACAACCUUAAUUCUGGUAACACUAUUGGGAGUCUUGGAACAUUCAGAGGGAAGGGACUUCGAGUUAAAGAUGGCAGCAGUGUGGUCACCAACGGUAGCAGCAGCAGUAAUAAUGGUAGCAUUAACAGUGGUAGUAAUGGCAGCAGUAGUAGCUGUAAUUCCCUAAGCAUUACUAACUUAAGUGGCUCCUUUGGUACUUCUGUUCCUGAUCCUGGAGGGUUAGCGGGACAGCGCAAAGACCUGGGAUCCAGGUCUCCUCCUUCCAACCUGGGACAUGAAGUGCCUCGUUCCCCCUUGAGGGAGUACCAAGAGAUACAGAGUUUGUGGGUCAAAAUUGACCUGACUUUGCUCAGCAGGGUCCCUGGCCAGGGUUUGACUGAAAGACCCAGGGUAGACACCACUGAACGAGAAGCGAGUGAAGUACUGGGUGAGAGAGACAGAGAGAGACAAGGGGAGAGGGAGAGGAUAGGAGUGGGAGAAAGACAAAGACAGAAGCAGGAAGACAGUGAGUGGUCAGGGCAGAAAGAACGACACAAAUUAACGAAAGGGGAAGGAAGGGAAGAAGAAAAUGAAAGGAUAGGGCAGGAUAGAGAGCGAGAUAAAUUAAUGGAGCGAGAGAGGGAAAGGGUGAUGGUGAGGGACAGAGAUAAGGUAUGCCAAGGUCUAGGGGUUUUGGACAACCCUCCACUGCAAGACCAGAGUAAUUUAAGGCUGGUUGGGAGGAUGGAGAGAGGAGACAAUGGAGGCAAACACAAGAGGCAGACAGCCGGCAGCAUGGCGGUCCCAUCAGAAAAACACACCAGCAAGAGCAAGAGGAAACACAAGUCGGACCACAGUGAGUCAUCAGUCAAUGGCAAGAAGCUACGUUUGGACAAAGACUGCCAGCUCCUCCCACCCUGCAUCUCUCCAAUACAUAACCACAAGAGCAGCUCCACGGACAGCUCCCUAAACAGAAAGCCGUGUCGACGGCGUGAUGAGAAGGCGCUUCCUCCCCUCCUGUCUCCCCUGUCUGAUGAUCCUGCACCUAAACGUACCUGUGACGGCAGUUCCUCCCUCAGCCAUGAGGGUGGAGCCAUUGGGUUGCUUCUGUGCACCAGCUCUUCCUCAUCCUCACACAGACACAGGAGAGGAGAAGGGAAGGCGUUCUCACAGAUGAAAAACGGCGGUGAAAUUGACCAUCAUGGCGAGAAACCCUGUGCAGACAGUUACCAUGCCAACAGACAGUCUGACUUGGAGGUGUGGUCUGAAACACAGAUGGAGCAUGCAGAAAGUCGCAGGCCGAGGUUGUCAUUUAGCGACAUAGUCCACAGUGCAGAUUUCCACAUGCAGGAAGCCAAAAGACUGAAGCACAAAGCUGAUGCUCUGACGGACAAAUUUGGAAAAGCGAUGAACUACGCAGACGGUGCUCUCUCAUUCAUCGAGUGUGGAAAUGCUAUGGAGCGAGACCCACUAGAGGCCAAAUCACCGUAUACCAUGUACUCUGAAACUGUAGAACUUAUCAGGUAUGCCAUGAGGUUGAAGAACUUCACCAGCCAUUCAGCAACCGUCGCUGAGAAGAUGCUAGCUGUGCUGUGUAACCGCUGUCUGUCUCUGCUGUAUCUGAGGAUGUUCCAUCUAAAGAAAGACCACGCUGUCAAGUACUCACGGUCGCUCAUGGACUACUUCAAGAAUUCAGCCAAGAGCUCCCAUCAAGCCCCUUCUCCCUGGAGGACCAAUGGGAAAGUCAAUGGGAGUCCAUCUCCUCUCUCACUCAGCCCCUCCCCAGCCAGCAGUGGAAGUGGAGGAGCAGGAGGAGGAUGUGGAGGUGCUCCAGGCUCAUCUGGCAGUGUGGCUAUUCCCCAGCGAAUUCACCACAUGGCUGCCAGUCAUGUUAACAUCACAAACAACAUCCUGCGGAGCUACGAACACUGGGAGAGUGCUGACAGACUGGCUGCUGACAGCCAAGAGUUCUUCCAGGAGUUGGACUCUGUGAUGGGGCCGUUGAGUCAGCAAAGCAGCAUGACUGAGUUGGUGCGCUACAUCGGGCAGGGACUGCACUGGCUCCGCAUCGAGGCUCACCUGCUGUAGAGACGGGACCAGAGCCAACUAAAAAACAAACAAAAGAAAA